UCAAGGCAUUCAUCCAUAUCCUAAGCCUGCUAGAGGAAAGGUCCAACGACACCAGCAUCAGCCUAAUAAAAACAUCAUAUUGCGCGGUGCUGGAGAAUUAAACGGAGCUAUAAUGGGUGUAAAUAACAAGAACGGAACUAUUAAGAACUUAACCGUCAGUCUUUUUUGAUUUUUGCUGCUGGUUUUAGACGUCAUUGGAGAAUUGGCACCGUGCAGGAUUUCUAUGGUGUUCUAGUCGUCUCUACGUGUGGAUAUAAAGCGGAGAACAUUUUUUGGGAUUGAAUCACACCAAUUUCAACCAUGUCUGGCUCAGUGAAAGUGGCUGUCAGAGUGCGACCCUUCAACUCAAGGGAGACCAACAAGGAAUCAAAAUGCAUUAUACAAAUGCAAGGGAACUCCACCAUUAUUUUGAACCCCAAGAACCCAAAAGAAGCACCCAAAUCCUUCAGCUUCGACUACUCGUACUGGUCUCACACCUCACCGGACGACCCCAGCUUUGCGUCACAGAGCCUUGUGUACAAUGACAUCGGUAAAGAGAUGCUGCAGCAUGCUUUUGAGGGAUAUAACGUCUGCAUUUUCGCCUACGGCCAGACCGGAGCUGGCAAGUCCUACACCAUGAUGGGAAAGCAAGAGGAAGGACAGGAAGGCAUUAUUCCUCUGCUCUGUGAAGAUCUCUUCGAGAAAAUCAAUGACAACAACAAUGAGGAGAUCUCGUACUCGGUGGAGGUGGCUUACAUGGAGAUAUACUGUGAGCGAGUGAGGGAUCUGCUAAACCCUAAGAACAAAGGGAACCUACGUGUCAGGGAACAUCCUCUACUUGGGCCUUAUGUGGAAGACCUCUCGAAACUGGCCGUCACCUCUUACACAGACAUUGCUGACCUCAUGGAUGCUGGAAACAAGGCUAGAGUGGGCCAGGCAGACGCAGAAAGACGUCAGGAUAUCGUUCUGAGCGGAGCGCACAUCAAGGAGGAGCACUGUAUCUUCCGCAGUGAGAGGAACCCCAGCGGAAAUGUAAUUGUCACUUUGGAGCCAUGUGAGGGAUCUGAAACAUAUGUGAACGGAAAACGUGUGAAUUCUGCUGUCCAGCUGCGCUCAGGUAACCGCAUAAUCAUGGGAAAGAACCACGUUUUCCGGUUUAACCACCCUGAGCAGGCCCGCGCUGAGCGCGAGAAGACCCCGACGGCGGAGACCCCUGUAGAGCCAGUGGACUGGACCUUUGCCCAAAGAGAACUGCUGGAGAAACAGGGUAUCGACAUGAAGCAAGAGAUGGAGAAGAGGCUUACAGAAAUGGAGAUCCUGUACAAAAAAGAGAAGGAGGAAGCGGACCAGCUACUUGAGCAACAGAGACUGGUAUAUGAGAGUAAAUUGCAAGAGCUGCAGAAACAGGUGGAGACCCGCUCAUUGGCUGCGGAGACACCUGAUGAGGAGGAAGAAGAGGAGGAAGAGGAUGAAGUGCCCUGGACCCAGCAUGAGUACGAGCUGGCCCAGUGGGCUUUCAGGAAGUGGAGAUACCACCAGUUCACCUCCCUCAGAGACCGGCUGUGGGGCAAUGCUGUAUACCUCAAAGAAGCCAAUGCCAUCAGUGUGGAGCUCAAGAAAAAGGUCCAAUUUCAGUUUGUCUUGCUCACGGACACCCUCUACUCUCCGCUGCCCCCGGAGCUGCUGCCUCCAGAACCGGAGAAAGAGCACGACAAUAGGCCUUUCCCUCGAACUGUGGUGGCUGUGGAGGUUCAGGACUUGAAGAAUGGAGCCACUCACUACUGGUCCCUGGAGAAACUCAAGCAGAGGCUGGACCAGAUGCGAGAGAUGUAUGAUCGUGCGGGCGAGAUGGCCUCAUCCAAUCAGGGAGAGGAUGGGGAGGGUGCUUUGACCGGCAGUGACCCGUUCUAUGACCGCUUCCAUUGGUUCAAGCUGGUUGGGAGCUCGCCUAUUUUCCACGGCUGUGUGAACGAGCAUCUGGCCGACCGCACGCCCUCUCCUACCUUCUCCACUAGUGAUUCUGAGAUUACCGAGCUGGCUGAUGAGCGGCAGAGCGAGAUGGAGGACUUCAUGGAUGAUGAGGCUUUCGUGGAUGACACCAGCUCAGAUGCUGGGACCGAGGAGGGCUCUGACAUCUUCAGUGAUGGGCAGGACCCCUUCUAUGACCGUUCCCCAUGGUUCAUCCUGGUGGGCAGAGCCUUCGUGUACCUGAGUAACCUGCUGUACCCUGUUCCUCUGGUGCAUCGUGUUGCUAUAGUAACAGAGAAGGGAGAUGUGCGAGGAUUUCUGCGAGUGGGGGUCCAAGCUAUCGCUGCAGACGAAGAGGCUCCUGAUUAUGGAUCCGGUGUGCGUCAGUCGGGGACUGCUAAAAUUUCCUUUGACAAUGAGUAUUUUAAAAAGAGUGAUUUCUCCCCUGUGGUGAUGACCCGCUCUGGCCUCUCUUUGGAAGAGCUGCGUAUUGUGGAAGGUCAAGGUCAAAGUUCAGAGGUCAUCACCCCUUCAGAGGAGAUGAACCGAAUAAAUGACAUGGACCUGAAGCUUGGGAACGUGGACACAAAACUGGGUGAUGGUUUGGCAGAGCAUCUGGAAGUGGGUAGUAUUUUCACUUUCCGCGUCACCGUUCUGCAGGCGAGCAGCAUCCCGCCCGAGUAUGCAGACAUCUUCUGCCAGUUCAACUUCCUCCAUCGUCACGAUGAGGCUUUCAGCACAGAGCCGUUGAAGAACACAGGCAAAGGUGCCCCGCUGGGCUUUUACCACGUACAGAAUAUCUCAGUGGAGGUGACCGAAUCCUUUAUUGAGUACAUAAAGACCAAGCCAGUUGUGUUUGAAGUGUUUGGCCAUUACCAACAGCACCCACUGCACAUUCAUGGACAGGAACUUGUCAGCCCUUCUCAGCCUUCCAGAAAGUACUACCCUCCACCUAUGCCUCUAUCUAAACCAGUGCCAGCCACCAAACUUAACACCAUUACUAAGUCCAACCUGGGUCAGUGUGUGAGCAAGUAUGACCUGGUGGCUUGGUUCGAGAUCAGUGAACUGGAGCCCACCGGAGAGUAUAUUCCAGCAGUAGUUGAUCACACAGGAGGUCUUCCCUGUAAUGGCACGUACCUUUUGCACCAGGGCAUCCAACGUAGAAUAACAGUCACUCUGAUCCACGAGAAGGGCAGUGAGCUGCACUGGAAGGACGUCAGAGAGCUGGUUGUUGGUCGAAUCAGGAGUAAGCCAGAAGUGGAUGAUUCAGCUGCAGACGCAGUCCUGUCUCUCAACAUUAUCUCAGCUAAAAACUUGAAAUCUUCCCACAACUCCAGCAGGACGUUCUACCGGUUCGAGGCUGUCUGGGACAGUUCCCUGCACAACUCUCUCCUGUUGAACCGUGUCACUCCCUAUGGAGAGAAAAUUUACAUGACCCUGUCAGCCUAUUUGGAGCUUGAUCACUGCAUCCAGCCUGCCAUCAUUACCAAGGACAUCUGCAUGGUCUUCUACUCCAGAGAUGCUAAGAUCUCUCCUCCACGCUCCCUGAGGAACCUGUUCGGCAGUAGUUACUCCAAAACCCCUGACUGUAAUAAAGUGACAGGAAUCUAUGAGCUUAGCUUGUGCAAAAUAGCUGACACAGGAAGCCCAGGUAUGCAGCGGCGGAGACGGAAGGUUCUGGACACAUCUGUGGCGUAUGUGCGUGGAGAGGAAAACCUGGCAGGCUGGAGACCCAGAGGAGACAGUCUGAUCCUGGAGCACCAGUGGGAGCUGGAGAAACUCGAGCAGUUGCAUGAGGUGGAGAAGACCCGUCACCUGCUGCUGCUCCGAGAGAAACUGGGUGAGACGCCUCCUCCUAAAUCCCUGAGCGAGUCUCUGUCUCCCAGUCUGAGCAGCGGCACCCUCAGCACCUCCACCAGCAUCUCCUCCCAGAUCUCCUCCACCACCUACGAGAGCGCCAUCACGCCCAGUGAGAGCAGCGGAUACGACUCUACAGACAUCGAGAGCUUGGUAGACCGUGAGAAGGAGCUGGCCACUAAGUGCCUCCGUCUCCUGACACACACUUUCAACAGUGACUACCAGAUGUGCAACAGCAUCAGUGACUGCAAGUUGUCAGAUAUCUCUCCUAUGGGCCGGGAUCCAUCUGUUACCAGUUUCAGCAGUGCUACUCUCACACCCUCCUCCACCUGCCCCUCUCUGUCAGACUCUCGGACCCCUGAAGCUAAUUCUCGUGCCACCAGCCCCUCAUGCUCAGACUAUGAGAACUUCCCCAUGGUGCCCAUUCUGGAAACAUCCUACCUGGCCCGUGCCGGCAAACACGAAUUCCUCAACCUUCUGCCUGAUAUUGAGGAAAUGAGACCUGGGUCUGUGGUAUCAAAGAAGGGAUUCCUCAGUUUCAUGGAGCCCCGCUCCAACUCUUGGGUGAAGCACUUUGUGGUGGUGCGUCGGCCAUACGUGUUCAUCUACAACAACGACAAGGACCCGGUCGAGAGAGGAGUGCUGAAUUUAUCCACUGCCCAGGUGGAGUAUAGCGAAGACCAGCAGGCCAUGCUCAAGACACCUAAUACAUUUGCUGUGUGCACCAAGCACAGAGGGAUCCUCCUGCAGGCCAACAAUGACAAAGACAUGAACGACUGGCUAUACGCCUUUAACCCACUCCUAGCAGGAACGAUAAGGUCAAAGCUGGCGAGGAGACGGUCCGGCCUGAUGAAGAACUGAACGAGCGUGCAUAAGUGCAGAUAGUGCUCUUUUCUCUCUGUCUACCUUUACAGCGUACCAAGUGUGUUAACACUUCUAAAUCUUUGUGGUUCUUGACGGUUUCCUCUUGUAUGUAGAUCUGUGGCUCUGUUCUCCUCUCCAGCAAAUGAACUUUUGAGUUCCUGAACACCAAGUCCCUCUCCUCCCCUCUCUCUAUUGUGUUAUUGAUUGGAUUAAUUCUGUCUUCAGUUUUCGUUCUUUGUCAUAACUGAACCUCCUUCAAGUAGCAUGUUGUAAUAGUCUAUUUGUGUGUGCACGAAUCUUCAGGGCAGGUUCUGCUUUCACUUGAGUUACUCUCGUUUGUGAAGAUCAUCCUUACAGUGUUGUCUGCCAGGAAAAUGUGGCAACAGCCACAACCCUCAGGAGAAAGUUGGCUUGCUUAAAAACAAAACAAUAAUGAUAAUAAUAAAAUAUUAUAUUAUAAUGUAUUAUAAUAUAAAAUAUUCCAUAUUUAAUUAUCAACUUUCUCUGAUAGAUAUAGAAAACAAAAACAAAUAGCUUUGCUCCAGAUAUUGCUUAAAAAAAAACAGAAAAAGAUUUUUAGAUGGACCAACGCACUACUUGAAGAUGCUUAAUUUUCAAAACGAGACAAAAAUUCCCCUAAACUGAAUUUUAUUGCAGUAUUGGCUAAUUGGAUUUUGCUAAAUCAAAGCAAGCCAUGAUACCGGUAGUCGAGAUUUUGACCAUGUACAUACUGCCGUUUACUCGCCCAGCCUGUUGUAAUGUAUUUGCUUGACAUUUAAUUCCACAUAUCAAGGACUUAACAAAAAAAACACACCAUUAACAAAAUACAGUAUGUAAUCAUAAGACGUAUAAUACCAAGGAAAGAUGAUCUCUCACAUAUCGGUAGCCUCCAGGAGUAUUUCUUCAGUAGAUUAGGCCAAAAAAAUGGUGCAAAAGAAUUACCUUAGACACAGAACACCUAACCGAAUGAAUCCAUUUGUACAUAACUUUCAGGAUUACUGUGCAUAACGCUAUUCAUGGGUUUCUAUACUUACUGUAUUACUAAAACACCAUUUUCAGGGCUGUUUUAGCAUGAAAGAUCUGAUGGGUUUGCCUCUUCUAUAGACCAAACGAAUGAGCGAGGUACUGAUUUCAUCGGUUACGGUUGAUUUCCAAAUGAUGGAUUCAAUUAUUUUUCGCCGUUUCUUGAGUCGGUAGGAUCAUUAAACCAGGCUUUUUUCUUCUUGAGAAUUAAGCAUCACUUUUUAAUAUUAUUGAACGUUUACCAUGUAUCUCGACUGAUUAUCUUAACUUAUUUUUAUUAACAUGUGAUCAGUGUUUUACAUUAUACAAUGAAAGGCAAGAAAGGCACUUUUCCUCAUUUUUAUUUAGCAGUGAAACAGACCAAGUUUGACACUAAAGCAGUUUCCUCACUGUCAGUAGAAAUUGGGCCGUUUCUGCAGUUCACUGCAGUGCAGUGUGAGAAAAGGGAUGGUAUGUGUUCUGCUUUUUUUUAUUGUUUUUGUUUUGAAAAUCUUUGCUCUGUAUGUUUGAAGACUUGCAGUUUGAUGGGAGAUUCAGGCGACGCAACAGUCCUCUGGUCAGACAACCAGCAGGAAUUAUUGUCACAGGAAGACUGAUCAUAAGAAGUCAAUAUUCUCGCUGCUCAUAUUUUCACAGGAAACGCAUGAAAAUGGCUCGGAGAGUCGAGUCCUUGGGUCAGCCAGCCCGUAGGCCUCAUCCGAGCUGUUGGAUUGUUAUGGCAUUUGUGAAAAUAUUGAAAUUGAAUAUUCAGAUCUGGCACUUAGUAAUGAGCACUUAAGGAUAGCUUUUAUAUAAUUACACGAGUUGAUGUUAGGAAUGUUUGCCAGGGCAAAGGUUUUUGACUUUUUCUUUUUUUUUACCAUCUUUGUUGAGUGGCUUGGUUGACUAAAGUGAUAUUCAUAAUGAAUUUCAUUAACCGUAUUUAUUGUUUUGCAAUGUAUAUAUUAGUUUGCAGCUCUUUGCACAUAAUGUGUUUAUACAACUAACAACAGAACAAAUAAAGCUUGAACUAUGUUGUUGUUUUCUCGAAUGAAAACCAAAUGAUUUUAGGCUGUGGUGUUUUACUCAUUGAAGUGGACUUUGAAUGUACCUUGAAUUUCACAAGAAAAUGCAUGAAUUAUCUGAUGAAAGAAGAAAAAUAUCUUAAUUAGGGACUGACAUGUUGCUGUGCUUCUUAGUUCUCGAAGUAGGAAUUUGACCAUGUUAUAAGGGCACUUUUUCACAUUUAGGUUAGAUACGGAUGGCAGAGUUGUGACGAGGCCUGUUCAUUAUCACUCCUAACGUCAGGGAAUAUAUUUUCUAGAAAUAUAACAUUAUGUUUGGCUUUUCCUGAUGCAUUGACCUCAUGCAUUUUUUUUCCCAUGCUGCCUUUGAAGCAACCCUGGCUUUACUGUAUCACCCUUAUCAGAAGCCUAAUGUUUCCAGAUGAACAUCACUCCCUCUCAUUGUGAUGAAACAACAGAAAACAGUUCAGCCAUUUUCAUUAACACUGUACAUUAUUUGUCAGAUUGGCUUCAUUUUCAUACUUAUUUUGUAAAUAUUUCAUGUUGUAUGGAACUUGGAUUAAAAUGUAAAUAUGUCUUCUGUAUUUGUAAUAAUUAUAAUCCAUUCGCUGUAUAGCCUAGACGUGUAAUGCAUAUAUCUUAAUUCUGUGUAUGGUAAUCUUGCACCAUUGACCUGUUUAGUGAAUGAGGUAGAAAAAUAAAAUUACAACCAGUGCAUUAGACGAAGAA